GCCAGAACGGAACGGCGGCCAGUUUAACGUUAGUUAGCGCCUCUGCAAAUCAAAGGAAUAUGGUUCCCUGAAACGUAUCCGAUGCGUUUUUACAGUUUAUUUACGGUGUACGGUGGCUUCAGGUUGAGAUGUCCGCAAACAGCGUGUUUUAUGGGCUGUUUUUCGUGUGUUCAACAGUUUUUUACCAGCUCGUGUUGACUGAGAAACCGGAUGAUGAUUGCCUCCAUUAUGUUUUGAGCCCAGACAGUGGUCUCCUCUCCACUAAGAACUAUCCAGGCGUGUACCCCAACAACUCGUGGUGUGAGAAGAAGAUAAGCGUCUCCAGCGGCCUCAGGAUCGUCCUCAAGUUUGAAGAUCUUUCCAUUGAAAGAGAGGACUGUGAGACGGACUAUUUGAAGGUUAUCAAAGAGAUCCAUGGGACCAAAUCUGUGUACUGGCAGUAUUGUGGGGGCCUCAAAGCCCACCCCAGGCUGUACUCUCCGAGCAACCACUCUCUGUACACGGACUCCAGUGAGCUCACGGUGAGCUUCCGCUCCAGCGUCCAUACCUCAGGCCAGGGCUUCCAGCUUUCAUAUUCGGCAGUGGACCACAAAGAACUGCUCACAUGCUCUGACAAAGGCUAUGCCUCCCUUUCAAAAUACAGGAAGUACUGUCCGGCCAGAUGUGGAUCGGCGGAGGGCGACGUGGUCGGGGAUGUUUCUCAGGGAUACUUACAGACGUCACUUUUAUGUAAAUCUGCAGUUCAUGCUGGAGUCAUCCUGGACCGAUUUGGAGGGCCAGUCAUAGUCGAGGAGCACAGGGGACUGGGGCGCUGUGAGGCUGUGCAGGCUAAUGGCAUUAUGUCCAAAAUGUCAAAAUGCAACUCAUCUGACUCAUUGUUCGCAUUUGUCACAAAUGACUGUAACAGACAGACUAUUCUUCAGCCACUCUCUGCUAGCUCCUCAUGGGAGAAGAGUGGUUUUGAGGGCCCUCGGGUUAAGCGGUCCUCCAAAGACACCAACACCGUCUCCCCUACAGGCAUGUGGAGCGCUGACCCGAACAGCAAACAGUGGCUACAGCUGGACCUUGGAGAAAAGAAGAGGAUCACAGGAAUUUUAACCAAGGGUUCAGCUACUUCUGACUACUUUGUGAGAAGCUUCAAAAUUAUGUACAAGGAGAAGAGUCGUUGGCGAACUUACACCCUGUAUAACAGCCUUGAAGAUAUGAUAUUUGAAGGGAACGUGGACAACCUCUGCCAGUCUCGCAACACCUUCCGUCCAGCCAUUACAGCACGUUACCUUCGUGUUGUCCCACUACAGUGGCACCAGGGGAUCGGCCUGACAGCUGAGCUGCUGGGUUGCCCUUAUGUCAGAGCCACUCCAGUGAGUACAUCAUCUCAGGUCACACAAGAGGCUCUGCCCACCAGACCCAAGCCUCCAGUGGAGGAAGCAGACAUCACUGAGCCUGUGCCUUCCCAGGCUGAUUUAGUUAAGCUGACCAUUAUUGUGGUGCCCACUGUCUUGUGUGUGGUUCUGCUGCUGCUGGGGAUCUGCCUCUGUAAGGUGCUUCACAAGAAGAAGACUAAGGAGAACACUUAUGACUCUGCAGAUCCACCACAAACAGCAGGUUGCUGGAAGCAGGUAAAACAUCCGUCUGCCAGGCACCAGUCCACCGAGUUCACCUUCAGCUACAGCUCAGAGAAAGACCCCCUCCCAAAAAUAGACCUGGUCACCAGUGACAUGGCAGACUACCAGCAGCCGCUCAUGCUGGGAGUGGGUACGGUGUCUCGGAAGGGCUCCACCUUCAGACCAAUGGACACAGACGCCAAGGACGAAGUCAACGAGGCCGCCACUCACUAUGACUACCUGCACACAGCCAAUCAGUACGCCCUCCCGCUGACCAAUCAGGAGCCUGAGUACGCCACACCAAUCAUAGAGCGACACGCCUUCCGAAAAGACGGAUUUCUGCCGGAUCCCAGCUACAGUGUUCCAGGGGUGGUGCUGAGUAAGAGCCCGUCAUUUAAGACCAAAGAAAACUGUAACUACAGAAAGGUGGUAGGGGCGCUUUCUGGUGGUUAUCAAACGCCCCAGGUCAAACGGGACAGAGCGAACCACUCAGAGGGGGUUUACGACAGCCCUAAGAUCAGGAAGCCUCUGGUUGUUCAGAACGGGGCCUGUUCAGAGUACCAGAGGCCCCAGGCCAAGGCUAAAGCACAGGAGAGCUACUCGACCCCACGAGACUGUGUCCGGCUAGACUCUACUGUCCCCUGCAGGCUGGACCCAGAGGGCAGCAGCCUGAGUGGAACCUGAACGGACUAAAAUGCACUGUGAUGUUUACCUGCUUUAUGUGAACUCCCGUAACUUAUUUCCACGUCUGAGAGCAGCACAUUUCCUGUUUAUUUGUAUAUAUGCAGUGGAAAAGAAUAGCCGUCUCAGUGAUGGUGGAAGUGUGCUCCGCGAUGGCAUGUUGUAUGCAGUGUUCUUUUUACUGUUGUGUAAAUUGGCUUUAUUGUCUUGAGAUUUUAUUAUUUUAUUUUUUUAAGGUUGCAGGGUUUGUUGUGAUCCAAAGCUUUGCCAGGAGCAGAGACAGAUGUCCUAAUGUGCACAGAAUAAUUUGCAGUGAGAAGUGGGAGAAACUCAUACCUCCUGUAGUUUGAGACAAUUUCUAUGCAUCUAUAAUGCAAUCGGUCAUCUCCAUUUUCUUGAGCUGCUGUUGUGAAUUACUGUGCUGAUUGUAAGACAGUCAGCUCUGGGGAGUAUUUCAUAAAGCAGGAUUUCUCUGUUUAACUGAAUCAUGUAAGACAAUAUUGAAGAUUGUCCUGCAGGAAGAUCCCUUGCCUCUUCUUGUAUUGGACAGGUUCAACUUCGGGCUUGAGUUAUCUGGGUGCUUUAUGUUACGUUCUGCAGAUAAGAGGAGAGGUCAGUCUGAGACUGGACAGUAGUAGGAUUGGACCUAGAGCAGAUCUGGGUGUCUCCUGGGGCCUCUACUCCAGUAGAUUGAUGGGAUGAUCCUGGGUUAAACAACAGGGAGCUUAUAGAACAUGCUCCUCUCUAGAGCCGCUUUACAAAGAUCUGGGUUCUAGCAUAGAACCUUUUCGUUAUGUGAAGGUUUUUUAAAGGGGAAUUCACCAUUUGUUUUUUUUUUUUCUAUAUUUCUGCAUAAUUCAUCGAGUUUGAGACUUGCCAAGUCAGAUAUUUUUACAAUGGUGGUGACGGGAACCAGGGGUCGAAUAUAGAGCCAUUUUGUUUACUGUUCGAAGUGACUAGUGAGCCUACAUGGCGUCUUAUUUUUAUUGUAUUGUUGAUAUUCGUAAAAUGGUGAUGCAGUUGACAAAAACAAGUUUUCUUUGAGGACUCUUGUCAAUGUGUUUUAAAAAGUAUUUAAACCAAAACCUUCCCAAAUCUCUAGUAAAGCAGUGUCUUAGGUAUCAGGCAACAUAUUCGUAACCAUUUCAUGUAGUAAAUUACUGUGAGAGCUCUUGGAGGCUCUUCAGAUGUCUGGUUUUCAUCACCACCGCUGUAAAUAAUUCUGAUGCAUUUCUUUACAACACAGAACUUCAGACCACACUGAAUAACUUUACAUUUUAACCACUUAAUUAUGCAGAAAUUUUGAAAAAUUGGUUGAAUAAACUACUGGAUCAGUCUGUUCAGAAUGUGGCUUCCAUGCCUGUCACAGAUUUUUGGAGCAGUCACCUAAGAAGUUAAGAAGUCAAAGACCUCACCGUAGCUCUAUGUGAACAUGCUAAUUGUGUGUGAACAGCAGCACCUUUUGAAAUUACUUUGAUAUGGAGAUUCUAAGGUGUGAUAGGCGUUGAGUGAGAAACAGAUCAGCUGCUUUCAGAUCAGUGAAACAUGGCUGUUCCUAGUUGUGGCCUUUCUUCAUGCAAUGAGAGUCUGGGCGUCCUUAUCACUGACUGCUGUUUAGCUCAGAUGUGUCCAGAAUUCAUGAUUGCUGGGUUUAAAUCUGGCAUUUAGCUGCAGGUUUUUUUUUGUUCUAUUUGUAUUUGAAUUGUUGAACUGACCUGAUCGAGACGGAUCUUUUCUCAGCGUCCUGUUUUGUAGCAAACGCUUCUACCCCAGUGCUACUUUGAACAUGCUCUGUUCAAAAAAGACUUUUAUUAAUACAAUUUAAAGGCUGAGCCAUGUUCAGUGGUACUGUCUGUCUUUUGAAUUUGUGUACAUAUUCAUGUACAGUUUUGAAAUGUAUAUUGUGAAGAGAAAAAAAAUGUGUUCCAUUGGUUAUUUAAAGUGCCUACAAGGUGGGCGCAGCUGCUGAAUUAAAGACAGGUCUCGGGUCUUCACUGGACAUGCUUUCAUUUCAUGUUUAAGUGAUGAUGACGUGC